CGAACUCAAUUUUUGUAAUUUUUCUUAUAUUUCCAUAAGUCUCUCUUAUCGUUUUCUUGUUUUUAUUCAAAUCGUAAAAGUAGUUGCAAGCAUAAUAUCAGAAACCGUUUUCGUACCUAUAAUACAUGUAUAUAAUGUUAACUUUGACUUCAAUUAUCUCAGCUUUAGUAUUGACAAUCUUUUUCUAAUUGCGCAUACAUAUCGACCGUGUUUUGAUUAAUAUACUGUUAAAAUGUGAAAAUAUUUCUAAAAGAUUGGUUUAUGAAGCAACUGUGUUAAAUAAUAAUAAAAGUGUUAGCGAUAGAGCAAAACAAAAUGCUCGAACAUUGAAUAUUUUUCAAUGUAAACUCAUUGUUUAGAAGCAUUGACUGUCGGUUAAGUCGAAUUCAGUUUACUACAGUGAUCUGGAGUAACGUUACAUUCGUCGGAUAUUCUUUCUGCCUGUUUUACAGAGACGAUUCAUAACAUAAAAAAGAUGGAACCCGAUGAGAUUGAAGCAGCCUCGAAGUCGGGAAUGAAUAUUCGAAGUGACAAAAAUACUGUUAUCGACUACGACGAAGACAGACUCCACGAGAUGACAGCGUCUUAUUCUGAAAUAUCGUUUGACUCGCAAUCCUCCCCACCUAUCUCAGAGUUAAGGUCACUUAUCGACUCGCCUGAUAUUGACAGUGGAAAGUACCUGGAUGAUAACCUAGAUAAGAUAGGAGGAGCUGGUCACAGGCCAGACCAGCUAAAUUUGAGAAGUAGAGGUGGCAGCCCAAUAGAGGAUGAUGAUUUAGACCCACCGAGUUAUCACAAAGCCAUUGGUUAUUUACAGUUGGAGGGCAGAGUGAUGCAGGAUGGAGAUAUGGUGUUGUUUGUGACAGAAGAUCUGGAGAACAAGAUUAAACUGUCUAGUCCUGUGACUAAAAAAGGUGAUACUCCAUCAUUUCCGGGAUCCCGAAGCUCAACUCCAUGUUUGUACAGGCAAGCCUUGACUCCUCAGUUACCACCUCUUGAUCACAAUGUUUUGAAUGAACUGGAAAUGGAAGCCAGAAAGGUAGCAACUUCGGUGGAUACAUUGACUGAGAACUUGGGUGCAAUUUUACAAAAUGCAUCAGCUCUCACAGUUGGUUGCUUGGAGACUUACAGAGAUGCAGUGUGCAAGACAUGUGAUGCUGUGGAUCACAAUAUUAAGUCGAUGUACCAGUUGAUGGCCAAAUGCGAGGAGUUGUCCAAGUCGAUGGGAUCAAUUUACAAGUUAGCUGAGCAAAUCAAAGAGAUGAAGAGGAUGCUGGAGCUGUUCGAGAGCGCGAUGAAUCUAUAAAGCAGAUCCGUGGAAGUCGCCACGUCGCGUCUGGAUCGCGAUGAAUCAUCCUGUCACCGGCGUUUUCGCUAUUCUUCAUAGGUGACGCAGUCACACCUUGUCGUCCGUUAAUUUAUGGUGCGGUGAGAGCGAGCAAAACGGCGGAACAUUGCGUUUUCUGUCCGUUAAUGUAUCAUGACCAAAAUAGAACAAUACGGCAUUCACGUUUUCGGGACUCGAGUCAAGUGCGCGUGCUGUGUAUGCGUUUAUACGAUGGAGAUGGCUGUCGUUCGGCUGUCGAUUGACAAUGCGUUCUUGUCAAGGUGAGGAGACAGUACGGGAUACACGAGUAUAUAAAGUACGAUGGCUUUAACAGGUAAUUGCACAUAUCUAAUAACAGUUGUCGCUCAAGUGACGCCGAUUGUUGGGGGCUAGUAGCCGACAUUGUACACAGUAUUGUUGUUGAGUCAAUUGUGUUUUAAUUUAUGCACAUCGCGCAGUGUUAUCAGUUUUCACGAUUACCUCUCUAUGCAUUGUACAUACGCUGGAACUAUAAACGUUAAAUAAAAAAAAACUCAAUGAA